ACCAUGUAAUCCGCCCCUGAGCGCAGCAGCAGCACACGCGAGACGAGCCGCGCGCGCGCCGGAAAAGAAAACCCACGCGGAUUCGUGGAUUUGCGCGCGCUGUUUACGCACUUUUCAUUUUGCCGAUUAAUCAUGCGCGCUUUUCUUUGGGGUCUGGGUUUAUUCAUCAUCCUAAAUCCCGACUUUGUGAAUGGGACCCGGAGAGAUCCGGGACGCUCGAGAAAAGCCAGAUCACUGGAGCACACCGGAGCGCACGAGAUCGUGACGCCCAUCAGAGUGACCGAGGCCGGGGACGCGUUGCCCGUGAGCGCGCACUUCAAACGCAGGACGCGGAGCGCCGAUCAGGACACGGAACCGGGACACUGGGAAUCCGAGCACGUGCAUUACAGACUGUCCGCCUUCGGUCGGGAUUAUCACCUGAACCUGACGCUCGAGGCGGGAUUUAUUGCGCCGCUUUAUACCGUAACCGUCCUUGGAACGAGGAACCGAACGCGCGAGGAGGAGGAGGAGGACGAAACGGUGUACCGGCACUGUUUUUAUAAAGGACACGUGAACGGAGAAACGGAGCACGCCGCUGUUAUCAGCCUCUGUUCCGGCCUGCUUGGCACUUUCAGGUCGUCGGAAGGGGAAUAUUUUGUGGAGCCUCUUCACAUCUACAAUGGUGAACAUUAUGAAGAAGAACACAUCAAACCUCAUAUUAUGUACAGAAAAGAUGCACACAAGAAGGCCAAAGAAGACACGCUAUCAUGUGAUACAGCAGGUCAUAAAGCAGCUGCUGAGAAAAACAUGGUGUCUGGGAGCUUGUUGUCUGAUCUGGAGAGCCUCAGUGCUAGGGUUCUCUCCAGCUCUUUACCCUCAACAGAUGACAAGCAGCCAUCAGCGAACAACAGCAGCAGUGACUCAGGACCUCACAGGAGAGCAAAGCGUUUCCUCUCCUACCCACGCUUCGUGGAAGUCAUGGUUGUUGCCGACUACAAGAUGGUGGAACAUCACAGGAACAACCUCCAGCACUACAUUCUAACAUUAAUGUCGAUUGUUUCCUCAAUCUAUAAGGAUCCCAGCAUUGGCAAUCUGAUCAACAUUGUUAUUGUGAAGCUAGUCAUAAUAAACAAUGAGCUGAAGGGUCCAGUUAUCUCUUUCAAUGCACAAGCCACUUUAAAGAACUUCUGUGUCUGGCAGCUGGAUCAGAACAACCUCGACGACGAACACCAUGACCACUACGACACUGCUAUCCUCAUCACCAGGCAGGAUAUCUGUCGAGCAAAAGACAAGUGCGACACUUUAGGUCUUGCAGAGUUGGGCACAGUGUGUGAUCCAUACAGGAGCUGCAGCAUCAGUGAAGAUAGCGGCCUGAGUACCGCUUUCACUAUUGCUCAUGAGCUCGGCCAUGUGUUCAACAUGCCCCAUGAUGACAGUAAUAAGUGCAAAGAGGACGGUGUUAAGAUUCAGCAGCAUGUCAUGGCCCCCACACUCAACUACUACACCAACCCCUGGAUGUGGUCCAAAUGCAGCCGAAAAUACAUCACAGAGUUCCUCGACACAGGGUAUGGAGAGUGCUUGCUCGACGAGCCCGUGUCCAGGCCGUACCCCCUUCCCCAGCAGCUCCCCGGGCGCAUAUACAGUGUCAAUCAACAAUGUGAACUCAUAUUUGGACCGGGGACACAGGUCUGCCCAUAUAUGAUGCAGUGUCGACGGCUUUGGUGCACGAGUCCAGAAGGAGCUCAGCGUGGCUGCCGAACCCAGCACAUGCCCUGGGCUGACGGCACUGACUGUGGCCACGGAAGGCACUGUAAGCAUGGUGUUUGCAUCCCGAAGGAGCAUGACUCGAGGCCGGUGGAUGGAGAGUGGGGCAUGUGGAGUCCCUUCGGCUCCUGCUCACGCACAUGUGGAGGGGGUAUCAAGAUCGCCAACCGGGACUGCAACAGACCUGCACCGAGGAAUGGGGGGAAGUACUGCGUGGGACGUAGGAUGAAGUUUCGCUCCUGCAACUCUGAGCCAUGUUCGAAACUGCAAAGAGACUUCCGAGAGGAGCAGUGCUCUGCUUUCGAUGGCCGCCAUUUUAACAUCAACAGUCUACCUCCGAACGUGCGCUGGGUGCCCAAGUAUAGCGGAAUUCUCAUGAAGGACCGCUGCAAGCUCUUCUGCAGAGUGGCAGGAAACACAGCCUACUAUCAGCUCAAGGAUCGAGUGAUUGAUGGCACGCCGUGUGGCCCCGACACCAGCGACAUCUGUGUGCAAGGCCUGUGCAGGCAAGCGGGUUGUGACCAUAUUUUAAACUCCAAGGCCAGGAGAGAUAAAUGUGGAGUGUGUGGGGGAGACAACUCGUCCUGUAAGACAGUGGCAGGGACAUUAAAUACAGUGCACUACGGCUACAAUCUUGUCGUGCGAAUCCCCAGUGGUGCUACAAAUAUCGACGUGCGACAGCACAGCUACUCAGCUAAACCAGAGGAUGAUAACUACCUCGCCGUGGCCAACAGUCGUGGAGAAUAUUUACUCAACGGAGAUUUUGUGGUCAGCAUGUUUAAAAGGGAAGUUAAAGUGGGGCGAGCCGUCCUCGAGUACAGCGGCUCCGAUCACAUCGUCGAGAGACUCAACUGUACUGACCGCAUCGAGGAGGAGAUCGUCAUCCAGGUUCUGUCUGUCGGUAACCUGUUCAAUCCAGAUGUCAGAUAUUCCUAUAACAUCCCCAUUGAAGACAUGACUCAGCACUUUAUCUGGGACACAUACGGCCCGUGGCAGGAGUGUAGCCGUCUGUGCCAAGGGGAGCGUAAGAGGAAAAUCCAGUGCAAUCGUGAGUCGGAUCACAUGGUGGUUUCAGAUCAAAGGUGCCACGCCUCACCUCGACCCACAGCCAUCACAGAACCCUGCAACACAGACUGUGAACUGAGGUGGCACGUGGCCCGUAAGAGUGAGUGCACGGCUACAUGUGGACUGGGUUACCGCACGCUGGAAAUCUACUGCGCUAAAUACAACCGAAAUGACGGCAAAACCCAGAGAGUUGACGACCGCAACUGCAGCCACCAAAACAAACCAGACAAUAAGGAGGUUUGCCGUGGCGACUGUAACCCCGGUGUGUGGGAGUACUCACCCUGGUCAGAGUGCUCGAAAAGUUGUGGAGGGGGAACGCGCCGUCGGAGCGCCGUGUGCAAGUCGCCUGAGAACGACGAGAGUAAAUGCAACACGAGGGACAAACUCGUCGUCCAGCCCUGCAACGAGUUCCAGUGUCCACAUUGGAGGACUGGCGAGUGGUCAGAGUGCCUGGUGACGUGUGGGAAGGGCUACAAACACCGUCAGACGUGGUGUCAGUUCGGAGACGAGCGGCUAGACGAGCGGUUUUGCAACUCAGCCAAACCGGAGUCGGUGCAGGCAUGUCAGCAGCAGGAAUGUGCAUCUUGGCAGUUUGGCUCCUGGGCCCCGUGCACCACCUCCUGUGGCCCAGGCUAUCAGAGAAGAGUCGUGAAGUGUGUUGUCAGCUCGUCUGGCUCGGUCAGGGAUGAUACUGACUGUAACGCAGCGACACGCCCUACUGACACACAGGACUGUGAGGUCUCUCCAUGCCCCGUCACCCAUCCUGUUUCUCCAGAGACCAAGCAGCUGGUUCCUCAUCCAGGCCACAAAACCCAGUGGCGCUUUGGAUCAUGGACUCAGUGUAGCGCCACCUGUGGGAAGGGAAUACGCAUGCGCUAUGUCAGCUGUCGUGACACUCAGGGUGGCGUGGCGGAGGAUUCCUGGUGUGCUCAUCUCCCCAAACCUCCUGCUACAGAUGUGUGCUCUGUGUUGGCCUGCGGUCAGUGGAAGGUGCUGGAAUGGACUCAGUGCUCGGUUUCCUGCGGUCAGGGUAAAGCUCUUCGUCAGGUUCACUGUGUGAACUUCAGCGAUCAGGUCGUGGACCUGAGCGAGUGCGACCCAGACGAUCGGCCAGCGACUGAGCAGGAGUGUGCCAUGCCCCAGUGCCCGUCUCGCCCCAAUAACCACGCCGCCUUCCCUCCCGACCAAGACCCCCAUAAAAAAGCCGCACCCGCUGGCAGGGCGGAUCGUAUCCGAGGGGCGCGUCCGCAAUCGCAAUGGAGGUUUGGACCGUGGGGAGCGUGCUCGAGUACGUGUGCUGGAGGAUUCCAGAGGCGGGCAGUGGUGUGCCAGGAUGAGAACGGUUACCCAGCCAACAGCUGUGAUGAGAGCGUUCGACCUGUAGAACAGCGCGCCUGUGAGUCUGGACCGUGUCCACAGUGGGUGUACGGCGAAUGGGGCAAGUGUUCGAAACCCUGUGGCGGCGGAAUAAAGACGCGCCUCGUGGUUUGUCAGCGGCCCAGCGGCGAACGCUUUAGCGAUCAGAGCUGCGACAUUCUGGACAAACCGCCCGAUCGAGAGCAGUGCAACAUGCAGCCGUGCUCUCACUGGAGAGCCGACCCGUGGAGCUCGUGCUCCACCUCAUGUGGGAAGGGCUUCAGGCGCCGCAACGUGACCUGCGUCAGACGCUCCGGCCAACCAACGGCAGAAGAGAAUUGCUUGCAUCUGCCCCGCCCCCGGAAGGAGAAGUCCUGCAAAAGUGGGAAGUGCCCCAAGUGGAGGACGAGUAUCUGGGGAGAGUGUAGCGUGACGUGUGGUUCUGGCCGGAGGAGUCGCACUGUGGUGUGUGUGAAUCGGAAUGGGGAUGAGAUCCAUGACUCGCACUGUUCAGCACAGAAGAGACCAAACCACAGCGAGUCAUGUAACACUCAACCCUGUGAAUUCAUCUGGAUCACUGGGAACUGGGAGGAGUGUUCUGUCACCUGUGGUCAGGGCUACCAGAGGAGGCGAGUCUUCUGUAGUGAAGUGCAUUCUGGGAACGAGAAUUAUGAAUACAGCCACCAGGGGUCAUCCAACUGCCCGGGGGCACCUCCUGAGAGCUACCAAGCGUGCAGACUCCUUGCGUGCCCUUCAAGUCAUGUGUACAGCUGGAGAGUGGGCAUCUGGGGACCUUGUUCAGUGAGCUGCGCUGAUGGCUGGAUGGAGCGUAUGGUGCAGUGUUAUUCAGAAGAAGGGGAGCUCAGUGAUGAGUGUGACCCCAGCUCGAAGCCAGACAGUAGGAGAUCCUGCACUAACCCAAACUGUGAAUUGCCAUUGAGUUGCAGGGAUGUGCAGAUACAGAAUGGUGUUGUAUCUGAUGGAGAGCAGCUUCUCAGUGUACAGGGCAAAGCACGCAAUAUCUACUGUUCAGAGAUGCAGACGGAAAGCCCAAAAGAAUACAUCACUCUCACAACCGGAGAGGGUGAAAACUUCUCCGAGGUUUUUGCAUACAGGCUGAUGGAUCCCACGCAGUGUCCGUCAAAUCUGAUCCACAGAGAGGAGUGCCAGUGCCGGAGAGACUACACGGCCACUGGCUUGUCCACUUUCACCCGGGUCCGAGUGGACCUGAGCAAGAUGACCAUCAUCACCACAGACUGGAAGUACUCAUACACUCGAGAAGGUCAUAAGGUUCCUUUCGCCACAGCAGGAGACUGCUACAGCGCCGCCCGCUGUCCACAGGGCCGCUUCAGAAUCAACCUCUCAGGAACAGGCUUCCAGGUGGCUGAGAGUACCCAGUGGGUUUCCCAAGGGAACUACGCCGUGGCGGACAUCCACAAAUCCCAGGAUGGCAGUAGAGUGACAGGAAUGUGUGGUGGCUAUUGUGGCAAAUGCACUCCGGCCUCCAGUUCAGGCCUUCUCAUCCAAGUUACAUGAGUCUCAACCUUCUUACAGGACGUUCUCUUCUCCUGGAGUUCUUCUGUCCACGUGGUGCUAAAGACAACAAAGACGAUGAAGAAACGUCCCUCGUCCAUCACCCGACUUCCUGCUGUAUGUUUGUAAAUAUCAGCUGAUAUGUACAUCAUAUCUAAUGUACAAAACGUGUUGAAUUAUUUAUUAUAUUCCACAUUUAUUUUUGUACAAGUAUUUAAAAAGCAAAUAAAGCCAUUUGUGGAUUGGCGCCUGUUCAAAACGCAGGCUAUUUGUUCAUGUACAGUCAUAACAAAAGAUGUCACGUCCUUCAUCGAUGUACGGAUUGUGGUUUUGUCUCGCAUGUCGUGCCGAGUUUUGGGUUUUAUAAUAAGUGCAGUGUUUUUCUUUAUUGAAAAAACUGUCUUGAGUCAAGAUAGGUAGGACGUUAAGAAACCAGCAGCUAAAAAAAAAACCACACACACACACACAUGGGAAAAGUAUUUACCUCUUACGCUUUCAUGUUGGUGUCAUACAUACGACCUGUGGAUGUUGAAGAGGACUUGUUGAAUUUGUGAGUCUUGUAGAAAGGAAGUCAUGUUUUCCUAGCUCAGUUUAAGCCGGCUUUACACUGUCACAGACAAAAAAAAAAAAAUCACAAAGACAAAGUUCUGGAGGGGUCGAGAACCAGAUCUUGCUGAUCAAUGACUUCAGCAGAAUGUAGCUUUCUUUAAUCACAGGUCUAUCGCAAGAGGAUCUUUAUCAUAUACUGUAAUAUGACAUGAAGAGAAUAUGUUUUCAUCAUACAAUCGGUUAUAGAAUUCAGCGAAGAUUUUUGGGAGCAUCUAAUAGUCUGUGUGACAAGUACUAAUCUUAAAGGACCACUGAAAUCACACAGGCUUAAGUUAGUGGAGGCAAAAUGGAAACUCAGGAUAAUUCUCGAGAAUAAAGCAGCGAGAGGAAGUAGUGAUUGGCUGUACACAAUGAUAAAGGUUGGCAAGACUUCGCAGUGACCGUGUAACAUCCUGGAUUCUGAACAAAUUAACAGAAUACAAAUGUUAACGGGAGUCUGAGAGGAAAAAUGGCAUGGAAUAGUGUCGACAGUGAAAGGUAGUGUGUGUGGGGGGUAUAUUAAAGGAAUACUCCAGUGUGUCUCAUCCUCAUCUCUCCUCACCACAUCUGUAGUGAAUGUGUUAAUACGACAGACAAAAAAAAAAUCAUUCCCAGUACUGAGAAAAAAAAACUAAAAACUUAAUGUUCAUACUUCUUAUAGAAGUCUAAAGGCAGAUGUUGGAUUCCGUCAAUAAACGUUUCAAUCAUUUAUUCUCCCAUUAAAAAAAUACAACAAUUAAAAUGUUAACAGUAAGACGAAAGUGAAGAAAGUCUUUGCGAAGGUGUGCUUAUGGAGUUUUAUUCAACUUUCCUAGCUAGACUGCCUUUCAGAUUAAGUGUCGGGCCUAAAAAGAAUUUUCCCCGACACCCAAUUAUUUUUGUUCAGUGGACCGAAAGCUACUGAAUUCGAAUUACAGACUUCCAAUUUUAUUAUUUUUUUUAAAUAGAACAAUUAAUGAAUUUAAGGCCACAUGGCCCUAAAUUCUCCGCUAUUUUUUCCUGCUUCACCAUGACUCAAUACAAGAUACUACGUCAUGCAUCACGAGGUGGGCUUUCCCCGUUCGCUCAAGGCAUUGUGGGAUACAAAUUAGAAACAGGAGAGAAAAAUGGAGGACGUGAGUGUGUGAAUGAAACGUGAAAGACCGACUACAGGAAUGGAAAGAAAGCGAGAAGGAAAGACGUGAUGUUAUAUACGAAAGAAAGGAAACGCAGGACCAAACUAAUAAAUAUGGGCGCUCAGCGAGCACCUCGGUGUGAUCAGCUGUGCGUUUAGCGACAGAAUGAUGGAACUGUCAGUGCACGGGCAAAUGUAAACCUGCGCAUGCGCACGCACACACGCACGCACACACACACACACACACACACACGGACUUCCUCUGUCUGCUUGACUGCACGAAGCGAGCGAUUUCAUGCACAUUAUUUGCUUUAAUCCUCUCAAAUUAAAUAACUUCCCAGCCA